AUGUUAAAUGGGAGGCAUGUGAGUAGUUUGAACAAGUUUAUCAAGAUCUCCUGGUGCUUGUAAUCUGAUUUGUUUCACAAAGGUCUUCCUUGUGUGUGUGUGUGUGUGUGUGUGUGUGUGUGUGUGAGAGAGAGAGAGAGAGAGAGCCUUAUUGAUGUCACAAGAUAUUUAAUGGAACAGAGUUAUAAAGUUCAGUCCUGCUUCACUCACUCAGUUUAGGGACUAAAGGAGAAGUGAGCAGGACUUCAGAGUUUCCUGGAAAAUAAAAAGUCUUGAAGUGGAGGUUCAGAGCUGAGUAAACACGUGAGUAAACCCAAGCUGAAGGUGUGUGUGUGUGUGUGUGUGUGUGUGUGAGGCAGAGAGAGAGCAUGUGUGGGUAAAACACAUCUCUGGGAUUCAUCUUCCAUCAGCGUGAAAUCAACUGGAGCUCAUCAUGGUUCGCUCAUCGGUCGCUGGAGUAACCUUGCUCGUGCUGGUUUCCAUGGCGACGCCAGACUUGGUGUGUGGGGGCCAAGAGAGAGGCAAGGACUCACGACUCACACACACUCAUUUCGCACAUAAUCAGUAUUACACGCCUCAGACUGGAGGAGUGAGGAGCAUGACUUUCCAAAAGACACCACGUAAUGACAUAUUGGAGAAUAAUCACUACAGUGUGCAGAUUUCUGAGGCUGAAUUAGGUGACGUAAACCCUCGGCCUGAAAAUAAACCUGCGAUUAGAAUUCCUAACUCUGCUCAGUUGCAUAUGGAACUCUCAGAUGAUAACGAGUGUAAUGACAUUAAGUGUAAUGACUAUGUAAGUGAUGGAAAAGGUCGAUCUGGUGUGGAGUUUAACAGAGUCACGUGGGAUGAAGUGUCAGAUGUUACGCCGAAGUCCACUGAAGUCCCUGCCGUGCACACACACACUGAAGGCCCUGCCGUGCACACACACACUGAAGGCCCUGCCGUGCACACACACACUGAAGGCCCUGUCGUGCACACACACUCCGGUCCGGUUCGUGGACUGACGCUGGAAAAAGCUCAUGUGUUUUAUGGGAUUCCGUACGCAGCCCCGCCAGUGGGCCCAAAACGGUGGGCCGCUCCUGAACCCGUGUCUCAGUGGACGAAGCCGUAUGACGCCACGUUCCCUCGGCCGGCGUGCAUGCAGGCUUGUGCGGGGGAAUUCUCUGAAGAGUGUCCUCCUAAGGUGAGUGAGGACUGUCUGUACCUGAACGUGUAUGUUCCUGUGAGUGUGGAUCUCUCAGAGAAGACCGCUGCUCAGCUUCCUGUCAUGGUGUGGAUCCACGGAGGUGACUUCAUCGCAGGCUCCGCCUCCAAACCACUGUACGACGGACGCUUCAUCAGUAACUAUAGCAACACUGUGGUGGUAAACAUGGAGUAUCGCCUGGGAGCUUUUGGGUUCCUGGUGACGGGAAAAGAUCCUGAGAGAUCUGCAGUGGGAAAUUACGGAAUUCUGGAUCAGCAGGCGGCACUACGCUGGGUCCAAAAGAACAUCGCCGCAUUUGGUGGAGACCCAGUGAAGGUGACUCUGUUUGGCGAGAGUGCUGGUGCUCAGUCAGUGUGUUUACACCUGAUGAUGCAGAGCAGCGAAACUCUGUUCAGACACGCUACCAUACAGAGUCAGCCUUUCUCCAUCCCCCUCAAAACCAGGUGGGAUGCCAUGAAGUUGGGCAGGAACUUUCUGAUACAUACGACUUGCUCAGCGUCUGACAUGCAGUGUCUCCGCUCCCUCAGCACACACACCGUCCUGCAGGCCCAGGUUCAAGCAGGUUCUAAAAUCAUCAACCCGUUCCGCUUCCUGGAGGUGUUUGAGACGUGGGGGCCGUAUGUGGAUGGAGAACUGAUCACGGAGCAGCCGAUUGCAGCUUUCCAGAAGGGUCACUGGCAGAGUUAUAAACCUGUUAUAAUGGGAACUACAUCUGAAGAAGGCGUGAUCUUUGUAUAUGGAGCUUUCAAUGGCUCAGUGUCAGUGCUGGAGUGUAUAGUCUACACCACCGCCAUCUUCAAGCAGCACACACUCAAAGUCCUACAGAAAUACCUUCCCGUCUACCAUAAAGUGGACAAACGGACGAUGCUGUCUCAGAUCGUCACGGAUUUCGUCUUCCUGUGUCCGGCGCGAUGCUCCGCUCGUGCAGCGCUGAGUAUGGGCGGAGCCGUGUGGAUGUAUGUAUUUGACCACGCCCCUUCGGAUCACAAAAUAUGGGCGGGGCUGACUUUCUGUUACGAUCACGCCUGCCAUGGGGCGGAGCUCCCGUUCCUGUUCGACUCGGCUCCUGUGGCGAACUUCAGCUUCACGGCUCGGGAGAGUCGCCUGGCCAAUCAGAUGGUGUGUUACUGGGGGGCAUUCGCUCACUCCGGAGAUCCGAACUCUCACAGAGAACACACAUCUUUCUGCAGGAACCAGAGGCUCGCACCGUGGCCCAAAUACACGCCUGCUCGGGGAUGGCCAGUUCUGAACUUAACUCUGCAGUCUCACCUUCAGCGCGGAAACAGAGAUCAUUUCUGUGACUUCUGGGAUCGUCUGGAUAUUUACUGACGGAGGAAGUGACGCAAUAA